CAACUUGCGAUCAGACGAUCAGUGAUCAGUGACGAACGCGUGACGCGUUACCAAUGACACCCAUGAAGCUCUCCAACUGGCCUUUACUACCAACACCCAGCUUCAGUGCUGUCAACCCGUCCUCACCUUUCUCGACUGCUUGCCUCUCGCAAUGAGCUCCCGUUUUGAUUCUCGAGACGAUCUGCCCACGUCGGUACCCCUCUCGUUGCUCAUCAUGGAGAGCAUCUCAGGCUGAUAUAUCUUAUGCUUCAGUAGUCGAGAGAUGGCAGCAACAACAACCUAUCAGACAGCAUAUAGUGUGCCAGAAAAGGAUGCAGCAUCGAUUCACUUGGGCACAGAUACCGAAUCUGAAGCCCUCACUGCUUCCCCUCUCCUUCCCGAAAUCCCAAUGUCAUCGAACCUGGACUUUGACCUAUCAAGCAUCAUCAGUGGGUCCAGCGACCCUGAUGUUGACCAGGAGAAAGUGAAGAAGCGAGCGUCGAACGUGCAAAAGUUGGCGGAGGAGAACGAGAAGUUGAAAGCAGAACUGAAGGCGAUGACUGACCGACUGGAGGCGGCAGAGAGGAAGCGAGCGCAGCUGGCACAGAAGAGGAACAAGCAACAACACAUUCUUGAGCCGUCAUCUACCUAAGAAAGAAAAGGACUCAUACAUACUUGGUCGUUAUUUGUACAAUAACAUACGGAAAUUGGCACGAAUCGAAAUACUAGAUACCUCGAACUGUUAUUUAACAUUAACACCGGCAGUAAUUAAUUUCUUAAUUUCUGCUAUGAUGUCAUUCACGUGACCUGGGCACCCCAGUUUCUGCCUCGCCUUACUUCUGUCAAAUUUAAUCCCUCUU